GGGGAGGGGCGGGUCCGCUUGGGGAGGGGGCGCCCCGGAGCGCAGGCUCCGCCCCCCGCCCCCACCGGAAGGGAAGGGGAGGCGGUGACCAGCAGGGAGCGAGCCAGACGCGGCGGCGAGCGCGGCGGGGGCGGGCGGCCGGCCGGGCACCGGGAGACACCGGGCGGCACCGAGCGGGGCCACCGCCAACGCGGUCACGUGCGCGGCCCCGCCUCUCGCGCGCGCCUCCCCCGCGCGCCGCGCGCCCCAUUCAUAAAUUCUUCGCCUGCUCCGCGGCCACCGGGCGCCCGAGCCAGCGGGAGCGCCGCACCGCAACCCGCCCGCCGCCCAUGGGCCGCGCGCCCCGGCGCUAAGGUCCCUUUUCCCGGCUUCGAAAAAUGCAGCCGACUGCCACGAUGGCCACGGACGCCGCAGCCACCGGUGCCACCACGGUCGCGCUGACGCCAGCGUGGGCCAACACCACGGGCCGCCCCACCGCGGCUCCGGACCCCAUCCUGGACAACUACGCGCUGCUGGUGGUGGUGAUGUCGCUGUUCGUGGGGGGCACGCUCGUGGUGCUGUCGGGGGUGCUGCUUCUGUGUAAGCGCUGCUGGGACGUGCACCGGCGCUUCAACAGAGCCUCCGAUGAAGUGGAGAAGGCCACGGGCACCUACCUGGACAAUGGCACCCACCUGGCUCCAGACCCCGAAUGCCAGGGGGAUGACCCCGAAAGCCAGGACGGCGAAACCGAGCGCUUCCUGUCCAGCAGUAUCGUGGGCCGCCGCGUGUCCUUCAACGAGGCCGCCCUGUUCGAGCAGAGCCGCAAAGGGCAGGACAAGGGCCGACGGUACACACUGACCGAGGGAGAUUUCCACCACCUGAAGAACGCCCGCCUCACCCAGCUGCACUUACCGCCCCUCAAGAUUGUCACCAUCCACGAGUGUGACCAGGGCGAGGCCACUGCCACACCCCAUCCCACUGUCCCCCCCAAGGCCAGCCUGGCCAUCUUCCAGCCCCCGGGGAAGGCCCUCACUGGCCGCUCCGUGGGCCCCAGCUCCGCCCUGCCAGGUGAUCCCUACAACACAGCCACAGACGCCGCCGACUUCCAGAUCAGCGACUCGGCGUCCAGCGAGUCAGGGGAAGGCACCUCGUUGGACGUGGGGACCAGAAGCAGCAAGCCUGGCGGGCUGGGGGCCGCCGCCGGGCCGGCGGAGGGGAGCCCCAGCUCGGGGGCGGGCCCCGUUCUGCAGUUUUUCCACCGCCUGCGCCGUCAUGCCAGCCUGGACGGGGCCAGCCCCUACUUCAAGGUCAAAAAGUGGAAACUGGAGCCCAGCCAGCGUGCAUCCAGCCUGGACACAAGAGGCUCCCCCAAACGGCACCAUUUCCAGCGGCAGCGGGCGGCCAGCGAGAGCAUGGAGCAGGAGGGCGACGCCCCCAGGGCCGACUUCAUCCAGUACAUCGCCAGCGCGGGUGACGCGGUGGCCUUCCAGUCCCCCCACCGCCCCUUCCUGGCCAGCCCCACCAGCCAGACCCCCGCUCUCGGCAGGCUAGAGGCGGCGGGCGCCGCGGGAGGAGCGAGCCCCGAGACUCCCCCCGAAGGCGGGGCCGGCGGCGGCGGCGGCGGGGCCAGCGCGGGGCCGGAGCAGCAGCAGGACUCGGACAGCGAGCGCGAUGCGGGGCCCGACGCGGCGCAGACCAGCUACCACGACCUGUGGAGCCUGCGCGCCUCGCUCGAGCUGCACGCGGCCGCCGCGUCGGACCAGAGCAGCAGCGGCAACGACCGCGACUCGGUGCGCAGCGGCGACAGCUCGGGCUCGGGCUCGGGGGGUCCCGCGCCCGCCUUCCCGCCGCCGGCCUCGCCGCCGCCCACCCCGCGCCCCACGGCGGCGGCGGCGGCGGCGGACAGCGAGCCCGGCGGGGCGCGGAAGCUGCUGCAGAUGGACAGCGGCUACGCCAGCAUCGAGGGCCGCGGCGCCGGCGACGACGGGCUGCUGGGCGCGCCCGAGAAGCUCUUCGCCUUCGCCAGCGCCGACCGCGUGGGCACCAGCCUGGACGGCGCGCCCGCCGACGCGCCCGCCCGGCCCCGCAGCCCCCGCGCCUGGCCCCGCCGCCCGCGCCGGGACUACAGCAUCGACGAGAAGACGGACGCGCUCUUCCACGAGUUCCUGCGCCACGACCCGCACUUUGACGACGCGCCCCAGGCGCGCCACCGCGCGCGGCCCCACGCGCACGCACACGCGCACCCGCACGCGCGCAAGCAGUGGCAGCGCGGCCGCCAGCACAGCGACCCCGGCGCGCGCGCCGCCGCCGCCCCCGGUUCGCUCCCGCCCCCGCCCGGCGGCGCCCCGCGCCCCGCGCGCGCGCCCCUGCGCCGCGGCGACAGUGUCGACUGUCCCCCCGACGGCCGCGGGGCCGACGACCCGGCAGGGCCCGCCGCCCCGGCCAUCCCCGUCAUCGAGGAGGAGCCGGGCGGGGGCGGCGGCGGCGGCGGGGGUGGGGGCGGCUGUCCGGGCUCGGGCCUGUGUGCCGGGCCCCCGGGGGCGCUGCUGGACAAGCUGGCGACCCACUUCGACGACGGACUCUUCCCGCCGCGCCUCGCUCCGUCCGUCGCCGCGGCGCCGGCGCUGGCGGCCGCGGCGGCGCCCACGUCCCCAGACCACAGCCCGGCCUAAGCCCCGAGCCCCACGCCCGCGUCCGGUCAGUCGCGCCGGCUGCGCGCGCGCGCGGGAGGUGCCCGCGGCGGGACAGGGCGACGGGGACCAGCGCCACGGGCGUGCGCACAGGCCCCGCGCACCGCGGCCCGAGGCUGCAGGACCCCGGCUCC